CUUUCAUCAUGUCAGAAAAAGGUGGAAGAUCAUUAAGCACUCUAAGGCGCACACUGACUGUUAACAGCUCCUGAAAACGUGAAGGGCCGUCUCAAAGAUGCGUACGAUGCCAUAGCAGAUACCUAUAAUUCUGUGUUCACCAAGCCUGACGACCCCGUCCGACUUCACUACCUCGACCUACUGCUUUCUCGUCUUAGGAAUCGAGCUGGAAAUACAGCCGCUGUACUUGAGGUCGGCUGUGGGUCUGGGGUGCCAGCUACGAAGCGCCUCCUCGACACUGAAAAGCCUGUGAUACACGUCACGGGUAACGACCUAUCUACAUCUUAGCUGGAUAUCGCUCGCAAGAACUUGGCUGGCUACGAAAAUUGUCUCAGUCUUCUGGAAGGAGAUAUGAUGACCCUGUCUUUCCGUGACCAAUCAUUCGACGCGGUCACGGGCUUUUACAGUAUCAUUCAUCUACCUCGUGAGGAGCAAACUCAGCUCGUCAACCAGAUCGUUAGAUGGCUAAAGCCUGGUGGCCUCUUUCUUGCCAACUUCGCGGCUGAGCAAAGUGAAUCUACUGUUUUAGAGAACUGGUUGAAUGAGGACAAAGGUUGGAUGUAUUGGAGUAGUUGGGGCGAAGCAGGUAGUGUCAAAAUGCUCGAGGAUGCGGGACUGGGGGUUUUGUUUAGAGAGACGAAGCAAGUUACGAGAGAUGCGAACUUUGUUUGGUUGCUAGCCGAAAAGAAAACGUAGCAUAAGCGAUAAGAUAGGUCUAUGCACGAGUGAAAACAA